AAGGGGCUCAAAGAGCCCAAAGGGGCUCAAACCCAAAGAAAAAACACAAGCAGCAACAGCACUGCUAUGUAGAGAUGUGCAUGGAACUGAUUUGACGCUCCUUUUUGAAAUGCCAGCGUUCGAGCCAGUUCAAUGCUGGCACUGCUGUCAAAACUAAUGAUGCAGGGCGGCCGAGUCUCUUCUUGCUGCCUUGGUCAGUGUAACAUUGGAAGUGGCCGGCGCACGUAUGUGUGCAUAAAAACCAUUUGUCCAAUCUGCUUGGCCAUCAGCACACAUUCACUAGGUGACAAGAGAUGCCUCCCCUGCAGAUUUGGCAAAGGUCCAUUGAAAAAUAGCUUAGAUAGAGCAGUUCAAAGUUUUUCUCUUUUGAACAGGGGUUUAAAGGGUUGGCAAUGUUCUUUCGGACUGAGGAAGUGGUAUGCAAAUGAUUUUUAAUCUAUUUGCAUCGUUUCAGUGUUUCAGUCGUUGGAAGGCAUGCCAGAAAAGUGCCUUUUGUAGAUUCCUCUGGGACCCAGUUGAUGGUUAUUUCACAGUUGAUCCUCAGUUGCAUUUUAAGAGGCUGAGAAAUGCAUCUUUAUUGCUAAAAGAGUCUAUGCAGUAGGACCUUUUGAAGCUGUGGUGCCUACAGCAUUGCCCACAACCGGUAUGGCAGUCCAGCUCCUUCCCUCUUCGAGGCCUAGAAGCACAGCCAUUCAGUUUCUUUCCCUGCCCUCUUCUUUCCUCCCCCUGCUGUAGCUCUACCUCUUAAUACUACUCCUUUGCCUUAGAAAAAGCGCUGUCCGACUCUGGUCUUCAGCUACUCCACGGUAAUUGGUUCUUCAGAACCACAUGCGUUGCAUCCCAACCUGCAGCCCAAACCGGUGCAGUGCUCUGCAGCAGAGACAGGGGGAGAGGAGGGAAGAAGAAACAGGCACAGGGGAAAGGAGACACUCUCCAUUUAGCUAGGCUGCCAAAGGGCUCCUUUAGGCCGCAGGGUUCGUGAGGGAGAGGGCUGCUCUGUCUUCCUGAUUUAUUUAAGAAAUGAACACUACUGCUAAUAAGUAAGAACAAACUUUGAGCCAGAGUGGUACAGUGGUUAGUGUGCUGGACUAGCCUGGGGAAAUCCAAGUUCAAAUCCCCAUUCAGCCAUGAAACUCACUGGGUGACUCUGGGACACUUAUCUCUCAGCAUAACCUUCCUCAUAGGGCUGUUGGGAGGAUAAGUGCAACCAUGUAAACCACUCUGGGCUUCUUGGAGGAAGCACAAGUUAUAUAUGCAAAGGUAAGUCACAGGUAAAGCAGAGACCAGCUAUGUAAGUGGAGAACAAAUGUAUGCUGAAGUUACAAAGGCAGCUCUGCCUGACUCUUUCAGUCAAUCAUUUUCUUUGUUACAGUCACUGGUCAGAACAGGAAAAAAUGCAUACAUAAAUAGAAAAAUCACAGGUUUUUCAAUUAUGCUUGCUGCAGCUAUGAAACAUCUCCUGUAACUUAGAGGACACAAUGGAAAGCAAAGAUGCAUGGGGACUCCAUGCCUGCUGAACAGUUGGGUGCCGCUCCACCUGCCUUGGGUGCCCAUCACUUAGCCUGGGUGUCCAUCCUAGCAAGCAACAGGUGUAUUUAAUAGAGAUCACUUCCUUAAUCCUUGCCCAAUAAACCCUAACCCCCAGUGGAGAUAUUAAUGUUACAGAUACUGGCCACAACCCAGAGGGGGGAAACCUGGUUAGCUCUCUUCUGCACAGCAAAUUGAAUUUUAACAUUAUUUCCCUUCCUAUCGAAUCUAUUCCUUCUCUACACCACACCCUCAUGGAAAGCCAGUUCUGCAAUUAUUUCAAAAGCAGUUUGAACUCAGAAAUCCAUGCAUAUGCCCUAAGAGAACUUCCUGGCUUCUUAUGCCAGUUUCUGAUCUAAUCUAAUUAGUGCAGUCUUACAGUUUGCCGUUCUUUCCAUUGUUUGAUGGCAUGUCAUUCUGGGAAUGGGCCAUAAUGCUUUGCAUAUAGAUCAGAUCAGAGAGCAAACGAGAGAAAGCAGAGGUUUCAUUCUUCCCUUCCCAACACAUACACAGACGUCAGCAAAAGAUCAGACUUGCUAACAGUCAGCCUGCCUACCUGCUCUCUAACCAAAAUGGAAAUUGGGUUCUUCUGACCAGUGUGUUAUAGCUGCUUCCCUCAUACACUCAAGGUAAUUUUAAGUAGCUUUAACUAAAGGUUUAUUCAGCAGCUCCAUUUUCUCCUUCCCCUUCCUUUUCCUCUUGACUCCUCCCCCACAUUUUUUUUACAGAAUCCCCCUUGGGACAAAUAUCCAAACAGACUAACUGCUGGAUAAGAAUACAAGUAGCUAAAAGAAAAAAUUUUCCCACCCUCUGGGUACUCUGAUUGGCUGCGUGAGGAGUCAAUCAGCACAGUGCUUUUUUUAUUGGUGCUCAGGGAGUUAGGUUCUGCCUACCUUCUAAAAAAUAAAGGCAAACUUUGUAAUUGCCUCCUGCAUCAUUGAUAUUACAUUUGAACAACUCUUUGUGUUUAUAAAAUCCUGGUAUUGCUGCCCACCCUGCAUAUAGACUGGGACAAGGUUGCAGGGAAGAGGCACAGACAGCGAGGCAGACAGAGAAAUGGCUCCAGAAGACAGAGGAGGUAAAAUGGCUGACAAAUAUUUUCAGGUGGGCGCUGCCAAUUCUGCCCUCAGUAUGCCUCUGGUCAUUGAUUUACUGGAUAACAAGAAACUGUUGGAAACAUGUGUUGACAAUGCUGUUGGCUUGUCCCCUCCCGGAGGCUCAGCUGGAGUUCGAGAAGAGGCAGGCUUUAGUUUCUCUCCUCAGAGCAUAAAGGAACACCCUUGUGAGAAAGCAGAUCCUGCUGUAGUUGAUGACUCAUCACUGAAACUGAAGCAGCUGGAAGCAGAACUCGGCCCAGUGCCAGUUCCCCAUUCCAACAUAAAUGUCAAUGUCAACAAACAGGAGGAGGUGGUGAAACUGACAGAGAAGUGUCUCAACAAUGUAAUGGAGAGCCCAGGGAAUCCCUCCAUGCGGUUGCCCACAGACAUCAAGAGCAACAUUUUGAAGGCCCAGACGGAGGCAGUGCACAAGAUCACAAGGGAGGACAGCAUGUCUGGCAACAAGAACACUAACCUCCAAGAUGCUGCUGCCAGGAGCAUUCUUCUGUCAGGAAAAAUUCAGAACAGCCCUCUGCAAGCCCACAGUCCCGUAUUCCAGGAGCCAAGAGAGGGGCUGAAAGGAAUGCCUGUCUCAAAUACCUUCGUCCAGAAUGAAUUAAAUGAGGAUAAUGCUGCCUCUAGCCCUGAAGAUUUGUUGCGUCGUCUUAAUCUGGUUCCUGCAGAGGAGGAGGCUGCUGUUUUAAAGAAUUCUCCAGAGGACCCGGAGAUUUUGUUAACAUCACAGACAGAGAAUCUAAUUGACUUUACAGAAGCCAUGCCUCGGGUAUCUUCACCAUCAACAGUUGUGCCCAGGUGGUUAGUGCCAAGCGGACUGGUUUCCAAUGGGCCUUUGGGGAAUGACAUUGCUUUAGCGCUCAAGGCAGUGAAGGGGAACAAUGAGACACUGUCAGUCUUGACAGGUUCUCCACCACCACUCUCACCACCUGAAAUCAUGGCCAGUCCUGUUACUGAAGAUGCUGCAACAAGGCCAAAAUGUUUACUCACCACUGAACUCUGAGCUUUGGCAAGACUCCUCUUUCUCGCAUCUUCAGUGAGCCCUUGGAAAGGAAUUGCCUGGAAUUCACCCAUGCUCAGACUGUGGUAAAAAUGCCUGGCUGUUAUGCUGGGGAUCCUUCCUUUCAACUGGAACUGGAGCAUGACUAUAAGACGAAGAGCUGCUGGAAAGCCCGAGCACCUCUCACAAGUACACUGGAACAAGUUCUGUCAAGUAAUGAAAUCCACGAGGUUUCCAUCCAUAGUAGUGCUUUUCUCUGUAGAACUCCUUGCUGCGUUACCGAAAUCAUUGGAAAGUGGCUAGUGUGAUGAGCCAGUUAGCUUUUUCUGGCUCAGGAUAUUGUAACCCAGUAACAGGGAGGAUUGGACCCCCUGCUGGCUGUUGGUAUAAAAGCAAAUCGCGGCAAUGAUGUUUUUAUAGAGCAAACCCCCCUUCCUUUUGUAUGUGAUCGAUUCCUCUGAUUUCUUCUUUUGUACUGACAUUUGACAAAUGUUGUUGGCCUUAAUCUACUUUCUAGACUUUGCACUUUUGCUCACAUGGAAAGGAACUGAAAAUGCAGCACCUUGAUAGCAUUUUAUCCUACUAGUUGGCUGUGCUCUGUGUAGCCAGAGAGGAGAAGCAUUCUUCUACCAAACCACCACUAUGUGUGAGUGGAACAGUCCCACAUUUUGUCCCGUUUUGUAUAAAUCUGCCUAAAAUGCUGAAGGAUAGGCUAUAAACAUGCCUUCUGCUAGAGAAGACCUUUAGAUUGGCCAGGUUCCUCUGAGGCUCUCCCUGGGCUGCUGUUUGAAAUAUACUGGGAUUUAACCGUAUUAAAAUUAGUUUGGGGUGUGUUCUCUGAACAUGUUUCACUUAUCUCUGUGGCACAAGUAUACACAGAUCAGAGUUACACAGUUCUUCUGCUAUGUAUUCCACUUCAAACCUUUUGUUCAACUGAAUUAAGUUAAGGUUUUAGUUGGAAUGUGUUUGCACAGGACAGAAAAAUCAAUAAGCAAAACAUAUUUAUAGCCCACUUACCUACUUUAGAGCAGUAACUAGGUAUUUGGGGAAAGGACCUCCCUCUGUGUAUUGAAGUGCUGAGUGUUAUGGACCAAUGGUGAGACAUUUUUCUACCACAAUCUCAGGAAGCAUGCUAUUUGUUAACUAAGUGGAUCCCAACUUCGCGUCUACAUUUUCUUUGUAAUUCAGUAUCUCCCUUGAACACUGAGAGAAAACAAAACUGGGUGUCCACAGUCAGGAUGCAAUUCUGUGUUUAAAGUGUGAAAACUAAUUGGAUCCUUCUGUCUAUUUUCAAAGGAGGUAGGAAAUAUGUUGAGCCAAUUCAUUGCAACGGCACCAAAAUGCCUCUACUUGUGGAAGUAAUAGACUGACUAGUUGGAAAAUAAGGUUUGUUCUGAACUGAGUCCUCUUGGAAUAUGCCCUAUUAGAAUUAUGUUUGUUUUUUGUUUGUUUUUAAACUAUUUACACUUCAGAAGGCUCCAUUUUCUGCAACACUGAGUGUUCAUAUAACAGAAGGCAAAAAACCCACAAAGAGAAAACCUGAGUGACAAGGAGUAGGAUAAAUUCCACAGACAAACUAUGGAAGGGAAAGUGGGUGAAAUGUACAGGACCUGGCUUUAUAAUGCAGAGGGAGUUUAAUUUUGUGGUAGGUUUGAAAGAAACGUAUGUUCUUUUUGCAGUGUAAUUUCGACAGGUGGGGGAAACAGCAGUGGACCAAAUCAUGAUAUGAAUGUCUUGACCCCCCUUGUCUGUCUCUGCUGCUUACAUGGUCAUGCUGCUUGUGAAGGGAGGACCUCUCCUGUGCUUUUAUUUGUCAUGUUGUGAGGAAGGCAGCAGCUGUGGAAGUGAAAUUUUGUCACAGAAAAGGCUGUGAGCACUGGCUCUCUUCCAUUGUUAGAGCUCUCACCUUCCAGAUGCAUCCACUGUUCCCUCUACCAAGGAUUCCCAGAUCUUGUUAACUACAACUCCCAUAAUCCCCAAGCAAAGGCUACUGCAAUUGGGGAUUCUGGGAGUUGUAGUCAAUAACAUCUAGGAAUGCCUGGUAGAGGGAACACUGGAUACAUCCAUAUAUGAGAGCCCAGUUGUCCUUGUCUUUGAAACAAUUUUUGGAGGUUUAUUCCUCCAAGGGAGUUAAAAAAUUGCUGAUGGGGGACCUGUCAGACAUUUUCCAGAAUAAAAUGCAAAUUCUCAUAUGACUCUGAUCAGCAUUUUCAAAAGCACUAUGUACAUUUUAGAUAUUGCAGUGUGCAAUAGUCUGAUUGUAUCUUAGUGUUCUUUAGAGUCUUUCAUUUUAACAAAUGGCAGAAGAUGCAGGCAGGAGGAGCAAGAGAGCAAAGGACCCAUUGUCUCUGUACUAUUCUGACUAUUAGCUUCACCCCUCUGUUUCCUAGAUGAUUGCAAGUCUGAUCAGUUUAUAGACUAUUAUGUGUUGGUCUUUCGGUAAUGGUAACUUUUAAAAUAAAAAUCACAUAGCUGUUUAGACACUCAUUUUACUGACUAUAAGGUGCACCCAAGCCAAAGAGGAAGGAAAUAUGGGAGGAUGACAAAUUUGUAGCAACCCAUAGUAUUAAAUUCUGAAUACAAGGAAGUGUUCUUGGGUUAAAGAACUCCAGCCCAUCAAUCAAUUUAAAUAACUAGCCAGAGUUGCUUAUUUGUUUAAUGACUGAUAGAACAACACUGUACAGGACUGUUUUCCUGUUUGUAUUUUGUUUAGCUGUGAACCUUUGUGAUCUGUGCAAAGUGUCAGUAGUAAGCAGACUUCUUACGUGUGUGUGAUACGGAAGCAGGUUUGUGGAAUACGGCCUUUGUUAUUGCCAUUGCCAUCACGAGGUGGUAUUGGCAAUUGUGUAGGUAAAUUGAAUAGAGAGAAAAGUAGAGUACACUUUGAAUGACCAUGCUGCUGGUUUGACAGUGCUGAUAUAACAGUUAUGUUGAGGGAAACCGCCGUCGAGCCAGAAAUUAUGCCGUUCAUGAAUGUUAUACCUGGCUGUUAGUGGCCGUGAGUGGUAAGCUUUAACUCUGCCCAUUAACCAUUCAGACAUCAAACACUGGCUGGUGCUGAGGAGGGUGUCAAGUCCGUCAGCAGUCAUGUGGUCUACCUUGUAGAUUACUAUUACCUGAAGGCAGGAGGAUAAUGCUGGACCAGUGCAGCCAUAAUGGUGCUUGUUAAAGCAUCUCUAGAUGUCUGAAAAGUGCUUGGCCAGUAGCUUUUGUCCUGCAGUGCAUGAAAAAAAGACUGCACAUAUGUUUACUGCAGCUGAUCUACAUUAGACAUAUUACCUGUAAAUGCUUAGGUGCAGUUCAUACACUUUCCAAAGGGCAAUCUUGUUUGCAAGGUGAUGGGACUAGGUGCAUGUCCUUCUCUUUAAAUUGCACAUACAGUAUUGUAUGAUGCGAUACUAUAGAUGGAGGUCCAUAUGUGCAUAAGCCCCACUGAAGAGUGGUGCAAAUCAGGCCUCCAUGUGGAACACACACCUCAUACACGUUGUGCCUGGUGGUGAAGACAGGUGUUUGAGUCAGUAAAUGUAUGAACCAGGCCUUAGGCGUCUGUGUGUAAGAUUUAACGUAUCAUUUGGCUUGAUCCUAAGCACAUGCUUUGCAAGUGUGAGCUUAAAAAAAAAAGUUAAAUAGUAGUUCAAUAAGAGCAUAUUGAACUUUUAAAAAGCAUAUACAGUAUCUGCAAAGCAUGUUCUUAAAGCAAUGUGUUGUUUAACCUUGUAAUGCUCCAGUCUGAUGUGUCAACAUUUAUUCUCUUCAAGCAAAAUGUUCACCUGUUUUCUAACUGUGAAAAUGAUGACAGUGGGGAAGGUAUAGUAUUUCAUAUGCAUCAAAGGGGUAGGGAACAUUCACCUCCAAUCACAGGAUGAGUGUUUUGAUGACCAGUUCCUUUCUUCCUUAACUGGACAAACUUACUUUAAAGUAUGUAAUUGUUAGUAGCUGACAUACUGCACAAAAUUACACACACAGUGAAAUGCAACUUUGCACAAGCACAAAAAUUGUGCAAAUGGCAUUGUGACAGCAGAACCAUUAUAUGUAAUGGUUGAACUAUUGUACAACUCUGUGCAAUUUUUGUGCUUGUGCAACAGUUCUCUUGCGCAGCUGCACAAGCGUUACAUUCCACCAAACGUGUAGUGUGGUAUGUCAGCCAAUAUUUUUAGUUAAGUAUAUUUUAUUUUUUAAAAACCCCAGACCCACUAACUGCUGUAUUUUAAUUCAUUUUUAAAUGAUGUAGAGCUUGACAGUAGCUCUCAAAUUGUAACUUAUUUUUUCAAAGUACGUACAUAUAUGGUGCGCCAUGUUUCAUGAUAACAGAUGUAUAAACUGUGCUAGAAUCACUACACUGAGAACAUCUGUAUGUGGGAACAAGCUCUGAUUUGUAGUCUACUUGGAAUAAGUCACAAACUGUUGUAGCAUAUUUCUAAAUAUAACACAGCUGUGCAAAA